AGAAAAAAGAAGGAAGCAGCGUGUUUUCUGCAGCUCUUUUGCUUCAGCAGCAGGAAACUUGGUGUGUACCCUGUGUGGUAUGACAACUAUGUAUGACAUUUGCGGCCGUUCUGCCAGACCUACUGAUGAGCUGAGGGACGACGGCUACCGAAUUCACAGAAGAUAACAGAAACACCCUACCACCAUCGUCGUCAUGUUGGCAGACGCGAACCCUCCGCCUCCCGACGUGAGCGACUCCGACAAUUCGGGCCGGAGGACCAACCAGCUGCAGUACUUGCACAACGUGGUGGUCCGAUCCCUGUGGCGCCACCAGUUCGCGUGGCCUUUUCACCGGCCCGUCGACGCCGCUGCUCUCGGACUAACAGAUUAUCAUACAAUAAUAACCUCUCCCAUGGACCUGGGCACCAUCAAGAGACGACUGGAGAACAACUACUAUUGGAGUGCCACUGAAUGUAUGCAAGAUUUCAACACCAUGUUCACCAACUGCUUCAUUUACAACAAGCCGACGGACGACAUCGUGCUGAUGGCCCUCGCCCUGGAAAAGGACUUCUUGCAAAAAGUCGGCAGUAUGCCUGAGAGGGAGGCGGAGGUUUUACCUCACGCAACAAAAGGCAAGGGCAAAAAAGGCAGCGCUCCAGGUGGGCAGGAUGAAACAUCCACCACAUGUCCAUCACCCGCAAAAAAGGAGGGGCUGAAAAGGAAGAAAGAGGCUUCCGCUGAUCAGUCCUCGCCAGCCGCAGCAGAAUCGAGGGAUUUGCCAGGAAGCAAGAGGGGACGCGAUCUCUCCAGGGGCGACUUUGGGGAUCGGGAGUCGCCGCGGCAGGAAGACGAGCGGGGCCUUGCGGGCAAAAAGCUCAAAUACUGCAAAAACAUCCUGAAGGAGAUGCUCUCUAAGAGACACGCGGGAUACGCCUGGCCUUUCUACAAGCCCGUCGACACCGAGGCGCUGCAGCUCCACGACUACCACGACAUCGUCAAGUACCCCAUGGACCUCAGCACUGUUAAAAAAAAAAUGGAGAGAGGAGAGUACUUGGACGCGAACGGUUUUGCUGCAGACGUUCGGUUAAUUUUCUCCAACUGCUACAAAUACAACCCUCCGCAUCACGAUGUCGUCACCAAGGCCGUAAAACUUCAGGGCGUGUUCGAGAAGAGGUUCGCAAAGGUCCCCGACGGGCCCGGGGAGACGGUUUCAACGGCAAGCUCAGCAAUGUCCCCGAAGAACGCGAUUUUCGGCGGGAUGAGCGGCACCAAUUCCUCCGGCGGGGACGCGGAGUCUGCGGCGGAGCGCGCCACCCAGCUCGCCGGGUUGCAGGCACAGGUGGGAUCACAGCAGCUUAAGACGGGUCGUGAGCAGCGACCUGCCCUCUCCGGCGGCCCUGCGCUCAAACCGAAGAAGAAGAAAAAGACCAAGAAACGGAACAGCAGGAAAAAUAAACACCGCACGCAUUCCAAGAGUGCCUCCAGGCACGAGUGGAGGGGAAGCAAAGACUGGGACUCGGACGGCGAACAUCUGCCGAUGACGCAAGAGGAGAAGCAUCAGCUGGGCCUCAACAUCAACCGGUUGCCCGGCACGAAGCUGGGCCGCGUGGUGCACAUCAUCAAGACACGCGAGCCCUCGAUGUGCGAGGGCGACCCCAACGAGAUCAUGAUUGACUUCGAGAAGCUCAAGACGUCCACCCUGCGGGAGCUGGAGCAGUACGCCAAGUCCUGUCUGCGCCCGAGGUUUAAGAAAUCCCAAAAGAAGAGGGCUGCGUCUCAUCACGUGCGCAGCAGCAGCAGCAGCAGCAGUUCUUCAGAUUCGCCAGUCGGCAGCAGCUCCAGCGACUCCGGUCAGGACAGCAGCGACGCGUAACAGCCGUAAUUGUUUAUUUAUUUAUUUAUUUUCGUCUGUGACCAAAAGAGAGAUAUCCUGAGAUGUUUAUUUUUUUUGUAUUUUGUUGUAUGUUCUACUGUGUUGAAAUAUUAAACGUUCCACCUCCAUCUUCA